AUGUUUACUACAACGGGUAAGCUUAUUUACGCUGUUGAGCAUAGUCCGUCCACAAGUAAGGACUCUACUGCAGUUUAUAGAAAUCCCCAAUUUAAUGAUAAGUUGUUAGAUAAUUUUGAGGAUGAUCCAUUAAAUAAUGUGUGGGAUAUGUUUAAUAAAUCAGCUGAGAAAUAUAAAAAUAGGCAUUGUUUUGGUACAAGAGUUCGUAAAAAUGAUAAAUUAGGUGAAUAUAAAUGGAAAACAUUUAAAGAAGUACAAGAAUUAAUAAUAUUAAUUGGUUCUGGAUUAAUAAAUAUGAAUAUAUGUCCAGUAAUUGAAUGUAAUGAUACCAUAAUUCCAAAAGCACGAUUUUUAGGUUUAUAUCUACCUAAUUGUGAAGAAUGGAAUAUUUGUGAUUUUAGCUGUAAUGCAUUUAAUAUCAUUACAGUACCAUUAUAUGAUUCAUUAGGUAUAGAAUCGAGUAAAUUUAUAUUAGAUCAGACAAUGAUGCAAACAAUUAUGUGUAAUAGAGCAUGUGGUUUAAAAUUAAUAAAAUCUUUAGAUAAUUUUGAUCAUAUAUAUAUAAAAACAUUAAUAUUAGUAGAAAAAGAAAUAGAUCCAGAAAUAAAAAAAACCUGUAAUAAAUUAAAUAUAAAAAUAGUAACAUGGGAUGAUUUAAUAGAAGCAGGAAAAAAAAAAAAAUUAGAUCCAAAACCUGGAAAAUUAAGUGAUGUUUGUUCAUUAUGUUAUACAUCUGGUACUACUGGAUAUCCUAAGGGAGUUAUAAUGACUAACCAAAAUUUUAUUGCACAAAUUGCUUCAUCUUGUUUAGGACCAAUAAAAUUUCCUUCUGUUGCUAUAAAUGAAAAGGAUACACAUUUAUCUUAUCUUCCAUUAGCACAUGUUUAUGAAAGAAUUAUGAUGUGUAUAUUUUUACAUGUAGGAGUAAGAAUUGGAUAUUAUUCAGGAAAUAUAUUGGCCUUAACUGAUGAUGUUCAAGAAUUAAAGCCAAGUUUAUUUCUUAGUGUACCUAGAUUAUAUAAUAGAAUACAUGAAAGAAUAUGUAAUUCAUUAAAAAAAAAAUCAUCUGUUAUUCAAUCAUUAUUUCAUAAAGGGCUUGAUCAGAAACUUAAAAAAUUAAAUAGUACAGGUAAUCCUUGGAGUCUUUUUUGGGAUACAUUAUUAUUUAAUAAAGCAAAAAAAGUUUUAGGUGGAAAUUUAAAAGGGAUGUUAAAUGGUUCUGCUCCACUUGGUGUAGAAGUAGCAAAAAAAUUAAAAUGUAUAUUUUGUGUACCAUUAAUGGAAGGUUUUGGUAUGACCGAAGGGUUGGGUUGUUUAUUUAUUACCAAUCCUAUAGAUCCAGAUGUAGGACAUAUAGGUGGGCCAUUACCAGCUGUUGAAUAUAAAUUAGUUUCUGUACCUGAAAUGAAUUAUUUAGUUACAGAUAAUCCACCAAGGGGUGAAUUAUUAUUAAGAGGACCAACUAUAUGUAGUUUAGGAUAUUUUAAAUUAGAAAAAGAAACAAGUGAAUUAUUGGAUAGUGAUGGAUGGUUAAGAACAGGAGAUAUUGCAUCUUUUAGUCAGAACCAAUCAUUAACAAUUAUUGAUAGAAAAAAAAAUAUAUUUAAAUUAUCACAAGGUGAAUAUGUAGCUGUAGAAAAAAUCGAAUCUGUUUAUAAGCAAUCAUUAUUUAUUGGACAAAUAUUUGUUUUUGGAUAUUCUUAUGAAUCAUUUUUAGUUUGUAUUAUUUUUCCAUCAGUUGAUACCAUGAGUAUAUGGGCAAAGGAAAAUAAAAUAAAUCUACCAAAUGAAGAAAUUAUCAAAUUAGAAAAAUUCAAAAAUGAUGUUAUGCAAGAUCUAAUUACAAUAGGUAAAACUGAUGGCUUAAAUGGGUAUGAACAAAUUAAAGAUAUUCAUUUUAUUAUGGAGGGAUUUACUAUUGAAAAUGAUUUGAUGACUCCGACUGGAAAAUUAAAAAGACACGCUGUACAGAAAAAAUACAAGCAAGAGAUUGACCAAAUGUACGAGAAUGUAAAAAAGGCAUGA